UCUUGCAACAGCGUCAAAGCUGCUUGCUCUCAACAGUGUGGCAUCCCUCUCAUAUAACACACAGCGAAACGCGCUCCAGCCAAAUACUACAUUAUGUAUGAUUGGACUUAUUUCACAGGAAAGGUUUUCUUUACUUCUUGAAUUGGUGGUUUGUUUCACUAUCCUCUCCAGGGAUGUAUAAAACAAAGACAAAAUGAGCAAAAAGGAUUGUUAAGUAUUUUUAUUUUUUAUUUGUACAUUUUGGAUGCAUUGCACUGACAAGACAACAUGUUGUUGUCAUCGACAUUAGAGGAACUUCUCACCAACCUUUUUUGGUCUUUGGAGACAUCGGAGACAGACAUACAUAAACCACUGGUGGUGUUUGGAGGAUCUGGACACUGACCAGUGAUACAUGAAAGCUGUGUAAUAUGUCAGAGAUUUACGUUUGCUUCGAAUGAACAGAAGCGAGAGGAUGUGACACAGAGAGACCAAAUUCUUGUGAGUUUGACUUAAAAAAUGCUAGUACGAAAUGUUCUUUUUUACCCGUAAUACGUGAAAAAUCUAUUUUCACUUUGUGUAUCUCUCUGCUUAUGAAGAUGGAUUUUAACUUGAGUAGCACAGUGCUCUAUGCGGUCAACAGCACUGUGACCCCCUUCCUCAACAAUACAGGACCCUACCAUCCUGCAGCGGGACCCUGGAUUUUACUCCUGCUGGUGAUCAUCAUCAUGACCAUCGUGGUGGGCAACCUGCUGGUCAUCAUAGCUAUAGCACGCACAUCGCAGUUACAGACUAUGACUAACAUCUUCAUCAUGUCCCUGGCCUGUGCUGACCUCAUCAUGGGGGUCCUGGUGGUCCCUCUGGGGGCCACCAUAGUGGUGACGGGGAACUGGCAGCUGAGUGACACCUCUUGCGAGCUCUGGACCUCCGUGGAUGUGCUCUGUGUCACUGCCAGCAUUGAGACUCUUUGCGUGAUUGCAGUGGACCGCUAUAUUGCUAUUACAAGGCCCUUCAGGCACAAGGUUCUGCUCAAUAAGUGGCGCGCCCGGCUAAUAGUGUGUGUGGUUUGGAUUGUGUCUGCUCUGAUCUCCUUUGUGCCCAUCAUGAACCAGUAUUGGCGAGCAGAGGAUGACCCGGAGGCCUUGGUGUGCUAUCAGGAUCCUGCCUGCUGUGACUUUUUGACCAACCGGACCUUUGCCAUUAUAUCCUCUGUAGUGUCAUUCUACAUCCCUUUGCUCAUAAUGAUAUUUGUCUAUGCCAAAGUCUUCCUUAUAGCCACGCGACAGGUACAGCUCAUAGACAAGAUCCGGCUGCGCUUCCAAAGUGAGUGCCCAGUGCCGCAGACGCAACAGCUGAGCCACCACAGUAAUAACAUCCUGCCCUUGGGCUAUGGAGGCUCCGGCAGCAGAAGCAGCACAUGCUCAGCUCGCAAGAGCAGCUCCAGACGAAGGCCCUCACGGCUAACGGUUAUCAAGGAGCACAAGGCCCUCAAGACCUUGGGCAUUAUCAUGGGCACCUUCACCCUCUGCUGGCUGCCUUUCUUUGUGGCUAACAUAAUCAACGUGUUUGACAGGAAUGUGCCUCCGGGAGAGAUCUUCCGUCUGCUCAACUGGCUGGGCUACAUCAACUCUGGCCUCAACCCCAUCAUUUACUGCAGGAGCCCUGAGUUCCGCACUGCUUUCAAGAACCUGCUGGGCUGCCCCUGGUUUUCUACCCAACGAUUAAACAUCUUCUACAAGGAGCUGCGGACACGAUGCCCCUGCUUCCUGGGUUCGGCUGAGGCAGGGGCGGCCGGCUCUUUCCAGAAGCCCCCUGCUGCUGCCAGGCCUGAGGGGGACGAGAGCCUGACCAGCAGUCAGAGCAGCUACAAGAGAGUGGAACCUUCCCCAGGACCCCCACACUCCAAUGGCAGCACACAGUUCAGUGACUUCUCAGAACCAGAAGAUGAAUUUUUCACAUUACAGGAAAAGGAUGGGUGAAAGAUUUGGAAACAAAUCUCAAGAAAUUAAAAACAACAAAAGGCUGACUCCAACAGUGACUUUCACAACUGACUGAGCAG